CGAUGCAGAAGACGUGUGCGUGAAUGAGAAUGUGUGCGACAGUGUUCAUAAUAAAGUUUGUUGCUCGAAUGUUUUUAAUACGGGUCUUCCAGUGAUAGUUUUAGUGGAGAUGAAUUGCGACACACCAGUAUCGAAAGCAUACGUUAGGAAAUGCAGAAACAGUGUACUUGUAGGCAUACGAAUACGUUAGAACAUCUACGCCCACUUUUAUGAGCAUAAAGUGGUUUUUCGAUCUAUUUUAGAAUCAUUUCUUGUGGCAUAUCUAAAUGAAAGUGUAACGUUUUGCCUUUUGGUUACGUGUGCUUAGAACAACAUGGGCCGUAAACUGCCGUCAGUGUUGUAAACUUUGACAAGAGACGUGAAGUGUUGUGUAAUUGUGUAACACGGGAAAACGCUGUACAGUUGUCAUUUACAUUUGAGCGUUUUAAAACACAAAUAUAUUAUUAAAUAUUUUCGUGAAGCAUGUUGCGGUCAUGGGUUAAUGAAGCGGUUGGUGUAUUGUGAAGGGAAGUGAACUGUUCGAAAAAUUGUUAAUAAGGUUGUGGUUACUUAAAACAAUAUUUAAGAGCCAAUUACCACUAUCAGGCAAAGAAGAGCACAAAGUCUGGAAAAUAGUGAGAGGUAUGUUUACCAUGUCUAGCUUCUUGCUGUGGUGGUAAUGUGGGAUGGCAACUUCCGUGUCACCACCAGAUGGGCCUGCCCAUGUGAACUCACAUUCACAUCAGCGAUCAAGCACACGAGUGUCUCUGCCAGAGAAAGUUUCACAGCUGUAUUACGCCCAUGGACUGUUCUGUGCUAGUCAUCAGUGGCUUGUUUUGGGAUUUGCUGCCAUUGUUGUUUUGUUGUGCUGUUACCCACUGCUGAGUCUACCUUUACCAGGUAAUGUUCCUCAGGCACUAGUAGGAAACAAAACAUUCAUUUCCUCUAAUGUUCAAGCUCCAUUGUCGUCAUCUCAGCAGAACUCUGAACUGCCUCGAUGGUUCUCUGGCACACCAUUACUUUAUGUUCAUCAGGUAAUAGUAAGAUCUGCUGUGUGUCCAUGGGCUGAUGACUUGGUGCUUGCUGAUGGUUUUCGUGCACCUCUUGGAGAAGCUUUCAGAUUACUUGAUGCUGUUAGAGACUAUCACCACGAGAAUAAUUCAUUGACACUUUCUGAUGUCUGCCUCCACGUGGAAUCUGCUGUGGCAUUGGCGCCAGAGCAUCGAUCAAUGGUGCCAGAGUUUGGAUGCCUAGUUUUGAGUCCUGCUGGCCUUUGGCAUCAUGACCCAGGACGUUAUGCUAAAGAUCCUGCACCACUGAGGACUGUAUUCACAUACCAAGGUGUUCAGCAUGGGAAGGUGAGUCUGUCAGAAGUUCUUCUGGGGCAUUGCGUGAAAGACACUGGAGUUAAGAGGUAUCCACUUCGAAGUCGGCAGAGAGUGCUGCAGUAUGCACUCACCCUAUUUCUUCGUGUUCACAGUCAAGAAUUUCUUGAUGGACUCCACCAGCGUUUGCGGCGAUUGUACCCACUACAUCAAGGAGGUGUUCAAAAUCUGGAUACGACAUACAAAAAUGAAAAUAAUUUGCUGCAUGUGUACUACCCAGGAAAAUUCAGUGCUCGAGCUGUUGCUCCUUUGAUUGCCACUUUGGUAGCCAUUUUUGUUUAUGUCUACUUUUCUUUGCGAAAAGUUGAACUCAUCAAAUCAAAGUUGGGGAUUGCAUUUGCAGUGGUGAUUACAGUUUUGGCAUCUCUCUUAAUGUCUGUGGGUCUUUGCUUCUCUUUUGGCCUGACGCUGUCCAUGAGUGGUCGUGAUUACUAUCCAUAUCUUGUUGUAAUUGUUGGACUGGAAAACGUAAUUAUUCUCACAAAAUCGAUAGUGUCUACUCCACCUCAUCUGGAUGCAAAAAUCCGUGUUGCACAGGGGCUGAGCCGAGAGGGGUGGUCUAUUACAAAGAAUCUUUUAACUGAGGUUACAAUCUUGACUUUCGGGCUAUUCACUUUGGUGCCAGCUAUUCAGGAAUUCUGCAUUUUUGCUGUUGUUGCACUUCUUUCAGAUUUCUUCUUACAGGUUGUAUUUUUUUCGACUGUGUUGGCUGCAGACAUUAGACGAGCAGACUUGAGUGGAUUAGAUGGUUCAUCAGGUGUUAGCAGUACCCCAUACACAGCUGCAGUUUCACGAUCUUCUUUCCUGUCCGCUGAUGUUGGUGACAGUGUAGCAGGUCGUCGAAGCGGCCUGCAUCGCUCUCGUUCACACCCUCGUUUGGAAUCAACCUCAGCAAGCUAUCCAGCAAGCAUUGUGGCUCCACCAUUGGGAAGAACAUACAAUUCUGCUGCUGUCCUUAUACCAAAGCGACUGCGUGUGGUGCAUUUCUGGGCACGUACUCGAAUCGUUCAGCGUGGCUUUAUGGUGUUCAUGGUUGUAUGGAUAGCCGCAAUUGUGUAUGACUCUGGUAUUAUUGAACAGCUGUUGCCGGAUGGUGGAGGAACAACAUGGCACCCAACUGACUCUGUUUCUGAUUUCAGUGUUGAAAACAAGCAAAAAACUGUGGAAAACUCCGUUUACGAUGGGCCAGAGAAAAGAGCCAUACCACCACUUCUCACUGAUUCCAAGGACAAAGGAAGUAAUGGAGGAAAUCAUUACAGUAAUGGGAAUAGUAAUGGGGGUAGUAUACUUUCUGGCCUGCCGUGCCAAAAACUUUUGCCUCAGCCAAGCCGCUGGGAACCUGUCGUUAGUGUCAAAGAAGCUCGUCGUUGGCAGGCUGCACUCCAACUCUACAACAUUUCAGUGAGUGGUCAUUACAUCACCGUUCUUCCACCACUCCACCUAUUGGCUCCAGUGUCUCCUCAAGCAGCUAGAAUAGCUCGUCAUCCUGAUGAUAUUCCGGGAUCUCUCAGUCCUGGAUCUUCAGGAAGUGGACCUCCUGGAUGGGAAACUUUGGCUGCUGCACUUGAUUCAGGGGAUUUCGAUCUGAAUUCUGCUGACCUUAGGCAUGAUGGAUCUGCAAGCUCAGCAUCUCACCAGUCGUCAGCGCCUUUGGUGCCCCAGUCACCUACAGAGCUGUUUUUAACUGCAGUUCUUUGUGCUGUGAGUGUAGCUGUGAUUGCUUACACCACUGCCGUGCUCUAUCGCUGUGUCUGUUCCCGUAAUUAUGCAGAGUGGCGUGCUGGUUGGAGUGGGGAAGGCAGUGGGGCAGCUAAUGAAGGUGACACACAGGUUUUCUUGAGGGAAUCUGUGCCUCUUGCACUGGAGGGUCAUACUCAGCAAGUAGAAUGGAUUGUUGCUGAUGGUGGCAUUAUAGUCAGCUGCUGCUUUGGUGGGGAACUGCGUUCUUGGGAUGGGCUUUCAGGAGAGUUGCUUGCCUUCACGGACAGAGCAAGGUUCUUCUCACACCCACCAAUACUCCGUUCAUGUUCAGAGGAGGGUACUCAUUCUGACUAUGAAAGUGGUUCUCCACCCUCACGUGGUGAUGAGCCUUCUUCUGUUAUCACACCAUUGCCAGGAAAUCAGGUGUUACCAUCCUUUCCUGAUUUGAGGCAUGCUAUAUCUGCAAACUUCACAUCUGCUUCUCAUCAGCAGCUUUCCGUAGUGGCACCUCCAGAUCCCAGAACUGGUUUUGACUAUGGAGAGAGGUACCGCUUGCUGUUUGAAGAGUUUAUUUCUCAGCAACGCAAAAAAAAUGAACGUACAACGGAUUUUCCAGUUUUACAAGAAAACUGUUCAUUCCGUCCUCCCUUGUCUAACCCAACACCAAUUCCGGGUUCCACCCUCCAUCGAACACUGCCGUCGGCAGAGCCUCCAUCUCCAGUAUCACCCCAUUCAGCCAGUCCAUCAACAGUGUCGUCUCGGCCUCCACCUCCUGUCUGGUGCCUAGAUUGCCGGGACAACUUGGUGGCUGCUGGUUGUGCUGAUGGGAGACUGGAGUUUUGGGAGGCCAAUACUGGUGCAUUUAAGUGUCUGUUUGAUGAUGGCAGUGGAGUGGCAGUCACAGCUGUAAAAGUAAUUGGGAAUCGGGUGGUGGCUGCUCGUUUGAAUGGAGCUCUAGAUUUUCUGGAACUUGAAACUUUUGGGAAAAGUGGCAAACGUCCCCUUGCACUUGAUGGUUGGGGAUUCACCAAUUUUCGGCGCACACAUAUACGAACAGGAAGUGCUGGUUCUGCAGCUGAUAUGAAGUUUAUUGGAUCCAGUGGCAGUGCGCAUGGAAAUACGGGACAGAAAAAUGAAAGUGAAGCUGUAACUGAGGAGGAAGUUCGCUGUUCACGUUUAGUUCAAGCUCGUGCUCACAGGCAACCAAUCACUGCUUUGGACUGUGAAGGAGGUCGUGUUGUAACUGGAGGCCAGGACCAUUGCAUGAAGGUUUUUCGGUUGGAAGAUCAGCGGCCCCUGUACACAUUGCAUGGACAUUGUGGACCUAUUACCUGUGUUUUUAUUGACCGCAUUUCUCCAUUACUUUCUGGUUCUGGCAGCCAAGAUGGACUUCUUUGCGUGUGGGACCUACUUACAGGGACAUGCAUGUAUAGUAUACAAGCACAUGAUGGAGCGGUUUUGUCUUUGACAUACUCAGCAAGUUACGUAAUUAGUCUGGGAUCUGAUGAGAGGCUUUGUGUGUGGGAAAGAUUUCAAGGUCAUCUUCUCAAUACCAUCAAUCUAAGCAACUCCUAUUGUCCAAGUAUUGUUAUGCUUACUCAUAACUUGCUUGUCACAAGCAAACAGGAUUCCUUGAUUGUGUGGGAUGUUCGGACAGGUGAACCAGUUCGUGUGGUACGCUUGAGUGGUGGUGGUGCUCUUGUGAAACAGUUAGUGUUGUUGGCCCCAGGUGAUUCAGUAGCGUGUGACUGUGGAAGCCAAGUCCGAGUGGUGCGGUUCCCUCUUGCGUGUGAUAAGACUGAUUAAAUCGUGAGGUCUGCCACAUAACUUUAACUUUAAAAAAGAUGUAAACUAUAGGCAGCUGGAAGUGUAUUACAGGAAAAUUGUCAUCUGCACCCACUAAGUUGCUCCAGAACAUUCUGAGUGGAAAAGCAAGAUUUCAGAAGACACAAAUGGUGAAACUGAGUUUUCCCAGUGUGUGUUAACCUCUGACACAUUCAUGACAGAAUUAUGCUUGUCGUGCAGCUGAUAUCACGUAUACAUGUUUAGGAUGGGAAUGUUUUGUGUUGUGAUCAAGUUAGUCUUUUGUUUUUAUUGUAAUUUGGAAGAGUGUUUCUUAAAUCUAUUUAUAAUUGUGUGAAGAAGUUGUUUGAGUGAGUAUGUUUGUAUCAGCACAUUUUUCAUAUUCAUUUGCAGUUAGCUAAAAUCAGGGCACAUGAUCAUAUGUUUAGAAUAUUGUAGGAUAAGGUUAAGCGACAUGAUGUUUCUGUUGGUUAAAGCAUCAGCAACGAUGAUUUGAAAGUUGUUGAUUCAAGUCAAGAUAGGCAUUAACAUAUUCCCCAGUGUCAAAUACGGCAUUCUCUUUUGACAAAGCUUUGUUUAUUCACUCAUGCCAUUUCACUGUGUGGUUUUGAUGGCAUGCAAAUUUUUAGGUCACCAUAACUUGGAGGAUAUGGAUUAAAAUAUAUGAACACUAGGGAAUUUCAUCUCACGUCAGGCACACAUUAUCAUUGUG